AUGUCCAAAACAUCAGCUACUCCCUACUUCCAAACCAUGUCUCCGGUUCCUCCAGAGCCCACGCCGUCACAAGCACCUCCCUCGCUCGAGACGGGAAGACAUGAGUCUCCUCCGGUGCCAACCACAACCUCCGGCUUCCCCAAAGUCAAACUACGCCUCGAGCUUCGCGAUCUUUCCCACCCAUCGACCGAUCUUUUCCUCAAGAACUUCAACAGCGCCAAAGACCUGAACGAUCUGGUCGACACCGUCUUGAAGCGACUCUAUACCUACCCCGACCAUGACGAUGCAUCGACACGGCUACCCAUGCCCACGCAUACAAGGAUCCCACCUACACGUUCUGUCACCUUGAUCUUGCGGGACAUGGACGGCGUAGCAUACACCACCGGCGCAGACAUCGACGAUGAUCACAAAGAAAUACACUUCUCACUCGGCUACCUCAACCACGUCGCGUCACAGAAAGCUGGCUACACCGCCCGCACCGAGAUCCUCGGUGUCGUCUGUCAUGAGCUGGUUCACUGUUUCCAGUGGAACGCCAGAGGCACCUGCAAUGGUGGGUUCAUUGAAGGCAUCGCCGAUUGGGUUCGUCUGCACGCUGGAUUCAUCCCUCCGCACUGGAAGAAAGAGGCAGGCAAGAGCUGGGACACGGGAUAUCAGAACACUGGCUACUUCCUUGAUUGGAUUGAGAAGACAAGGGGUACGGGCAGUGUCUAUGUCAUGAAUCAGGCAUUGUUCCACAAGAAAUACGACGGCGAUACGUAUUGGAAGGAUCUGUUCGGCCAAAGUGUGGACAGCCUCUGGAGAGAGUACACUGAGUCGCUCAAGAAGCCCAAAGACGAGUCAGAGAGCUAUGGCGAUCCGAAUUUCAAGAUGCAGAUUCGUAUCAAACAAGAUGUAGAGGGAUAG